AUGGCUCCCAGGAAGAAAGCAAAGCGCCGAGACGUCAAUACAGAGCCCAAGCCUACCCAGGCACAGAGGAAUCGCAUGAAAAUUACGAAGAGGCACAAGAAGAAUGUCAAGCGUCAAGGCCAACACAGCAAGACGUACCGUAAGCUUCAAGACCUACUGUCGCUCGCGAUUCCUCUCGGCUGUAACAGCAAGAGCAACUCCAAAUGGGCUGUCUCCAAGAUCUUCGCUGUUGACGACCUCCUCGAGUGCUACGCACAACUCAAGAUGCUACUCAAGCUAGCAGAAGGUACCAAACUCAGCUUCCACGAGAUAUGCCUCCUCUGUCUUGCAGAACUCGGACUGAGGGACUUCUCGCUCGAUGAACUCGACGCGGAUCGCGCGCUUGAGCUCGUCCGCGACGAAACGCUUUCGCAGAGCCUGCCAGAGUACAAGAACCUAUUCAAGAACGUCGUGAAAAAUGCUGCACUGAAGAAGAAGAAGGAAGCGAAUCCUGACAUGGCCGAUGCGAUUGACGACUUCAUCAAGAACGAAUUGGAGUACGAGGAUAUGGAGCCAGACAACGAGUUCGACUUCGAGAGAGCAAGACACGGCAUUCGCCAUCACCUGAAUCAUGCACACCGCGAAGAGGACAAAUUCCCUGCCUUCACCGACAGCGAGCAGCGAAAGCUUCACGAAGACUUACUCGUGCACCACCUCAACAAUGCCAUGUACUACGAGACCCAACUGGCUUCCCACAAUCGACCAUAUCUCCUCACACAGGCUUGGCUCUCGAGAAUUGGCCCCGACGGCAUUCGGUGUGCUGAGAGAUGGCGGGCAUUAUUAGGGUCUAGAAAUGAUCAUGUAGCCCCGUGCAUGGAAGGUGUCGAGUACGACGGAGCAACCGAUUACGAAUCGGAGGGUGAGCAAGUUCAGCAAAGUACGCACACUGGGUACAGCACGACAACGCUCCAAGGCGAGGACACAGACACCGGUGCGACAUCAGAGCGUACACAGAACACUGGCGGUGCUACUGCUACUGGCGCUUCUACUGGCCGUAUCUUCUCGUCUACAAGUACCAUGCCACCGCCACAACCCAACGGGAAUAGAAGAGUGAUUGCCGCCACGGGCGCAAAGAAGGGCCGUACUGCUGCUGACGGGACCUCAUCAUCACCACCUCCGUUCACCUUCCCUGCCAAACCAACAGCAUCCGCAGAUGCGUCGGCAACGAGCGAGUCCGAGAGACGGUCGCAAAGCGCGCGAGGACUCUGGCACAGAGCCACCGCCAAAAGAUACUUCGAAGCCUCCGUCACCGCCCUCGAGUCAUACCGGUGCUACAAAGGACAAUGA